AGCACGUUCGGGCCUCGAACCAAUUUGUGUAUUGGUGGCAUUAAAACGCGUCUAAAAUCACCCGCAUACUGGCGCAGUGCUGCUGAAGAUCAUGUACAUUUACCCAAGCUCCCCGGAAACUUCAUCGUCCUUGCAGUCUGAAGAAAUUGCAGCCAUUAAGAUACAAGCAGGAUUCCGUGGCUAUCGUGUUCGCAAACAGGCUCACCAGUCAACAAAACCCGCUAAUAGCAACAGAUUCGGAAACAGGUUUUUAAAUUUGCAAAGCAAACGGAACCAAAACCAGCGCCAUCGUCCCAAUAAUAGCGCCCAUAUAGAGCACCAAAUGAAUUCCACCCGUUAUGAUGACUCGAUUUCAGCAAAAGAGGAAAACGCUGCGAAAUCAGUUGAAGAUCGUUGUGCUACGAAAAUUCAAGCCGGAUUUCGAGGAUUUCUUGUUAGAAAGAAACAAAAAAUGGCCACAGAAGCAGCUGUGAAAAUUCAGGCUGGUUUUCGCGGUUUUAGGGCUCGCAAGGAAUUAAAGCAGACAUAAGGAAACACCACAACGAGUCAACUACGGGUAGACUUGUGUUAUUUAAUAGAUUUCAUGUACAGUAGUAUGUAUGUACUACUACAAAAUUUGUAGUUUCGAGUUUUUUUUUAUGUAAAUUCGUUUAAGUUAUAGUUUAUGCAUUGUAAAUAGUUAUAUAUUAACAUACACUUAGUAUAAAAUAAAAAAUAAAUCACUAUUAGACGACUAGU